AUGAGCAAUCGCGACAGUAUUGACUCAAGCAAUGCUGAGGUGCUGACAGCGGUGCUGAAGCUAGUGUACUUCUACCACCUACCACGUGAAUCUCAUGACUGCCCACUACCAUCCUCUCCCCCUUCUCUCCCCCACCCUCCCCAGUGUCUGGUGAUGGGCAAUCGGGACGACAUUGACGCCAUGAGCGUGGGCAACGCUGAGUGCCUGGUGAUGGGCAAUCCAGACAACAUUGAUGCAUUGAGCACCGGCAACACAGAGGUGUUGACAGCGGUGCUGAAGCUGCAGAAUGCACCUACCUUUCUCCCAUCCUCAACCCCCCCACCUCAACCCAUCCAAACCCACGGCCACCCACCUUCUUUCCAGUGUCUGGUGAUGGGCAAUCGUGACGACAUUGAUGCAAUGAGUGCGGGCAACGCUGAGGUGCUGACGACGGUGCUGAAGCUGAUAGACAAGUACGACCUGUACGGGCAGGUGGCCUAUCCCAAGCACCACAAGCAGUCUGAAGUGCCGGACAUCUAUGCCCUCGCUGCCAAGUCCAAGGUGAGGUGCCUUUAG